CACCAAAAGAAGAGCAAAGAUUAAUUACUACACUAAUAGUAAUUAAUUGAUCUUAAUUUCCUUACCCAGCAGACCAUUGCCUCUUAGUGACUCAAACCCAGAAGAUCGACUAAUGGCCAACUGGAAGAAGUUGAGCGGCGAGGACCACUGGGAUGGGCUGUUGGAUCCACUCGACGCCCACUUCCGGCGGUACCUCAUCCACUACGGGGAGCGGCUGCAGUCUGUGUACGACGCCUUCAACGGGGAAACCAUGUCCAAGGCCUACGGAUUCAGCCUGUACCCACCGGAAAACUUCUUCACGGACGUCUUCCUCCAGAACGCGAAUCCGUACAAGUACCAGAUCACCAAGUUCCUCUACGCCACCUCGGAGUUCACGCUGGGCGACUGGAUCGUCGCCGGACAGUCGGCCUGGCUGGGGUACGUGGCGGUGAGCACGGAGGAAGGGAAGUCGGUUUUGGGGAGGAGGGACAUCCUGGUCUGCUGGAGGGGCACUCUCACCAACAUGGAGUGGUUUCAGGAUGCGAAUUUCCCAGCUGUUCCGGUCGGCCAAGUUUAUGGGACUACCCAUAAUCCAAAGGCCCAUCAAGGGUUCUUUAGCGUUUAUGCUCAUAAGAACCCUGAUUCUACCUACAACAAGAACAGUGCCCGUGAACAGGUCUUGGCAGAGGUGAGAGCACUAGUGGACCAAUAUCGCGAUGAGGAAACGAGCAUAACCGUGGUGGGCCACAGCUUGGGCGCCUCGCUUGCAACCCUAAACGCUGCCGACAUCGUGGCCAACAACUACCACAAACCAACUGGUACGACUGCUGGUUGCUUGGUCACGGCCUUCGUCUAUGCCAGCCCACUCGUUGGUGACUGGGGCUUCUACAACAUGUUCAACGCUCUGACGGACAUACGACUCCUCCGGAUCAGGAACCUCCCCGACCCCGUCCCUAACCUCCCACCCAAGCUACUCGGAUUCUUUGAGGUUGGGAAGGAGCUUCAAAUUUUGAUUUCAUCCUCUUACUUGAAGUUACUUCUCAACCCCCACAGCCUGGAGCUCUAUAUGCAUGGAGUAGCGGGAUACAAUGGAAUCGAACCAUUUAAGUUCGUAGUGCAGCGAGAUAUUGCAUUGCUGAACAAAGAAGACGAUCAUCUCAAACAAGAGUACAAUGUGCCACCAAAAUGGAGAAGCAUGAGGAACAAGGCUAUGUAUCAGUCGGACGAUGGGUCGUGGAAGUUGCAUGACUACAUGCCUCCUCCUCCGGAAACUGUUGUCCUUCUAUGACUUCUCAUUCGAUCUGGAUGGCACGUUGGAUGGUUGAUGUGCAACAAAAGAAAGGGAGAUUGACUUAGUGAUGAAGUGUCAUAAUCGGAAAGGACGAGCAUAACUACAUCCUCAUAAUCCCUCAUGGAGAGGGUUACUCUAGUAAUAAUUGGAGGACGUUAUUUGGUAAAGAGUAAUUUGGAUUGUGGUACUCGAUAGAUUAGCUGGCAUAGAAAAAAGGGAAUAAAUCUGUAACCAAGUUUGAAUCCGGGCUGUGUGGAAGAAAACAUGAACACAAAAUUCUAAUAAUGUUGUUAUUGCUGU